GAAGUAUUUAUUUUAAUAGUGAUUCGAGAGCCCAUCAAUCUAUUCCCAGGAACUUGUAGCCGUAUUUAUUUAGAGAAUGGCCGCGAGCGUCCUCCGGCCGCCUCCUGUUAGCGUUGCUUCUCGUGCGCCUACUGCAGCUUUGGCGGUCUUGCCAGGGUCGGCAUGCUUGGGCUGGCGCCGCGCUAACUUUGGUACCAGCACGUUGCUGUCACAGACGACACGGACUUGUGUGCAGAUGCGCGCUGGCGUACCUGGGCUCCUAGACUCCCCAACCAUAACUUCAGAACCUCAGCAAGGGACGGAUCGGGCUUACAAGCGGCCACCUAUAUACAAGGUAUUUUUGCACAACGACAAUUACAAUAAACGCGAGUAUGUCGUCAAAGUGCUGCUGAAGGUUGUGGAAGAGAUUACAGUGGAUGACGCGGUGACUGUUAUGCAGGAAGCGCACGAGACCGGGGUCGCUCUUGUGGUUGCCUGCCCACAAGAGAAUGCCGAGCGGUACUGUGAGGGCCUGCGCCUGAAUGGCCUAACGUCGACUAUUGAGCCAGCUGGUCGCUGAGUGCACAGCGUUCCGCGAUGCUUCAGGAACCAGUUCGCUAUUUCGUACGCCGUCUUGCCGCCCUAUAGUGCGGUUUCCGUGUCGCGAUAUUUGUGAAAAUCUGAGAGGAGGGGCGUCGCGCUUCCGCGAUUGCGAGCCUGUCGUCGUUUGGAGUGUCGUUGGAGCGGUUCCCAUCCCUGGUGCGAUUGCGGUACAGUGAACAUUUUUCUAUAUACAGCGGAGUGGUACCGCAUAUGCCGCGCCUUGUAGGUCCAGAGAUUUUGAGCAGGUUGCCACAGCGGGCCACCUGGGGCGAGGAGCAGUGGGCAACCCUUGCCUCGGAACAGGGGAGGAGGUCCUCCAGCCUUAAUGAUUCGGGGCAAGUUGCCAAGUUGCCCUGAAGUUUUGAUGCCCGUGUGGUUCGGCUGUGGGUGAGCAAGCCUCCCUAACGGUAUAUAGUCUCCAGAAUCCCGUAUUUUGUCAGCGGGGUGAUCCGUGCGGUAAGACGUUAAAUUAUGGCAUGUCGGGACAACUUGACCGAUUGCUAGGUGUCAAUUUAAUGAGUUCCUUGCUGCGAUGCAUUCGGUACAUGUCCUGUUCCGACUUCUGUAUGAAACGCUUUAUGGCCAGGGACAGGGCCUGACACGCGCUGGCUGGCGUAUGCGUGUUUGCUUGUGUGAGUGUCAUUUGUUUCGUGAGAGGUUAAAUGCUGUGUGAUCCUAAGUAACCCCUGCUAUGCGAAUUGCGGGUUUGUACUAAAAGGAAGUAAGGUUAAGUUAUGGCGGAGAGUAAAUCUCAGAUGAGCUAUGGUGAGCAUUAGGAGAAUCACUUCAGUAUGUAGGUGAGCAUUAGUUUUGCUUCAUGAAGCGGACGGUUUUGGGUGUCGCUCGGAAGACUGAAGGCGAGGUGGGUUUUGCGCAGCUUCGACAUAAGUCGGUCGAUAUGUGGGUUCCACCGAAAGGGUGUUGUCUUUUCAUGUUGUUUUUCUUGUUUGCAGGUUAGGCGACUAACAAACGGCUCCUAGAGCAGCCACCUUUGUACUUUGCUUGGACAAAUUGACGAGCUUGCCUUCAGCAUAGCAAUCUGUGAGGUUGUAUCCUUUUCACUUUUGAGACGCUUUGUGUAAAUCAGCAUUCUAGG